CGCAGUUGGGAUAUCGGUCGGCGCAAGUCAGUCGCAGCAGCAACAUGUCGUGGUCCAAGCACAAGAAGAUCCUGGCGAUGGCCAAGGGCUAUCGCGGCCGCGCCAACUCGUGCUACCGCACGGCCAUCAACCGCGUCGAGAAGGGUCUGCAGUACCAGUACCGUGAUCGCAAGCAGAAGAAGCGCGACUUUCGCUCGCUCUGGAUCGAAAAGAUCAACGCUGGCACGCGCCAGGAAGGCCUCUCGUACUCCAAGUUCUUUGGCGUCCUCAACGCGUCCGAGAUCCAGCUGAACCGCAAGGUGCUCGCCGACAUUGCGGCCACGGAGCCCUUCAGCUUCAAGUCCAUCUUGGAGGUCGUCAAGCAGAUGAAGUAAACGAGCAUAUAUGCACCCGACGAAGAAUAGCCUAGAAGAACCAAAAAGAUGAAAUGGAUUAGUAUACUUGUUCGCGAAGAGA